AUGGUCGUCAUCUUAGCUAUCUUCUUUAUGUUCUCUCUUUGUGUUGUACUAUUCCGCAAAAACAGUUGUAUUGAUACUCUGAGGUUUGGCUGCAAGACUAUAGCUGAAAUUACUAUCCGUAAGCUCGUGAGAACCACAUUCGAUACAAAAAGCCAUAAUUACAAUCAUCGGCACCCGUCGUAUAAGUUGCACCACCUUAUCGCUAAGGAAAUCUCCUUCCCGUCAUUUUUGAUGACAAUGAAUGGCGCUAAUCCCGACUCAAUAGUAAAGCAGCGGCAUUUUUCCAUUGUCAGUGCUAAAGCAAUACAACUAGUACAAGACCACACGCAAUUUCUAGAGAAUCAUAUGCUGCAUUCAAAGCAUUUGAGUAACAAUAUUAGUAAAAGAAUCAAAUGGCCCAAGCUAACGGAGACGGGGAACCAACCGCCAGUGGACGCAUUCCCAUGGCUGAAGCAUGUUUUCGAGACAUUUUGGGGGGGAUACAAGUCACGGGCGCUUAAAUUUGGCAAGCAAAUGAAGGUGUUGUACGAGUAUCUCUUACGAGAUGUAGUAAAGAGGAUACAAGCCCGCAACAUUUGGUGCUUUAAAGACACUGUUCUUGAUCGAAACGAUAAAGAGCAACUUCCUCGGGAACAACUGAGGUUUAUUGGCGGUGUGCUUUUGAAGGGAGGCUCUGGGAUCAUUCAGGAUGGAACCCAUGGAAAAAUCUGUAAACUUGUUGGUGAGAACCGUUCCCCUCAAUGGCCUGAUAUGGAAAGACUACCCUACAUCAACAUGAUUGUCAAGGAACGCCGUCAUUGUCAGCGAACAUUGCCAUUGUUCUUUUUUUCGCAUGCGAUGAGCGAAGAGACUAGAGUCAUCCCGAAUGUCUGGGGCAUGCACACGGAUCGAGAAACUUGGAAAGACCCAGAGGUGUUUAAUCCAGAUCGACACUUGGGCCAUAAAGAACGAGAUUACUAUAUGUACUUAUUUGGCCGCCGCAUGCGCCCUGGAAUGCACUUGGAGGAAAGAAAUAUGCUUGUUGCUAUCGCUAAACUUAAUUGGACGCUCAAGUUCGAGCAUGCCACCAGGCUUUGUAGAAACAAAAUACCAGUGGAUCUAGACCCAGUCACACGCCAUUGGAGUGGCUUCUUGUAUUAUGGUAAGGAGUAUGGGUGUAAAACUGUGCUGCAUUUGGAAAAGAUCAAGGAAACAGUUUUGCGUGGCUAUCGAGGUUACACUAGGCCUAGGAAUUGUUAA